GUUACAUUACAGAAUACUAGAUGUUGAAGAACAUAAAAGUAUUAAUUCCAUAAUGAAAAAAAAUAUCAUCCAUUAAAAGUAGUCCUGCAUUUCAAAUGUUUCAUCUGUAAAAGUGCAGCACUGUUGCAGAACCUCGCAGAGCUGGUCCUGAUGAUGUGAAAUCAUCUGCUUAAUUGCAGAGGGGCAAACAGUCUGUGGAGGAGUCAUUCAGGAUGGAAGUACGAAGAGCCUCUGCAUGCACAUCGCCUCUGGACGAUGUCCUGGAUGAAGAGAGAGAAAUGCUGUCCAUAAUGGAGGAUAACUCGUCCUGUUCUUCGGUGGUCACUGGUCUUUCUCAAGCGUCUUUCCUCCAGAGGACGUUGGAACGGUUAUCCUCCAUACAGUGUCUGAAAGUAAACACUGAGGAGGAGGAGGCGGCUCCUGUUGCUGUAAUUGCACUUCAGCGGUACUUAUCUGAGCAAACCGAGGGGCAGCAGCUCUACAGCUACGACGUUACCGUCACUGACGGAGUCUGGCGAGCCAAAUGCUUUGUUCACCCUAGUUUAAAUCACCUGGUGCACACAAACACCCUGAGGACUGGGACUGACAUCACCAUCACGCAGUGCUCUUUUGUUUACAACGAGAGGAGACUGGGACACGGUUACAUUUGCAUUGAAAAGCUCAGAUGUGGCGUAGAGAGGUCUGCUUUCCUGCCCCGUAUAAAGGAUGUCAGUUUACUGCCCAUGCUGGUCAAACAUGGCAUGGAGAGGAGUGUGGUGCUUCAAAGUGAUGUUCCCCUUCAGGUGAGCCGCAAACAUUACCUGUCUCUGUGGAACAACGAAGACCCAGAGGGAGACAUCUGGACCUCGGGGUUUCCCUCGUCUGACACAGUACUGGACGUGUCCAAGAUUACUCUUCUUUGUAGUCUGGAGUCAUGCUUUAGAAAGACAUGGACACCUCUCCCUCUCCUAGUGAGGAUACUACACAAAUCCAGAUUACGGUAUUAUGGGAAGUUUGGGCUUAAGAUUGAUUACCCCUACCAGGCAUACUUUGAAGUUGCUGACCAGAGUGGGACAAUGUCCCUUGUGCUUUGGAACGAACUUUGUCCAGAGUUUUACCAGAGAUUGAACGUAGGCACCGUGUUGUAUAUCCAAAAUUACACCUUGAAGCAGAGUUAUUCAAACCGCUCACACCCGCAAAUGGACCAUCACAGAAUGAAGAGCUUUAACUCUGUAGAAAUCUGCCUGAACCCUCGCAACCCUACUUCAGUCGUCACUGUGGUUUCACCAAAGAGUGUACUGCCUCAGUGGGGAUUGCCUGAGGUUUCCUACCAGUUCACCACCAGCUCAGAGUUGGAAAAUGUAUCCAACAACUCUGCAUGUGAUGUCAUUGGUUUGGUGACAUUUGUUGGUCGUAUUGAAAGAGUCAAGAGUAAAGGGAACACGGGUCCAGAAAAAUACUGGACGUAUCGCUGGAUCCACGCGGUGGAUGGAACAUCUGACCGUCCUUUUAUCCUGGAGGUUUUUUCCUCUUCCCAACCAGAAGUCUUCAGUCGUAUAUGCCCAAUGACCUACCUGGUGUGCACUCAGAUGAGAGUUUGUCAAGUGGAAGGCUCGUUGCCCUACCUCACAAGCAGCUGCGAGACAGAGACGUUCAUCACAGGCUACCACAAAGGUCAGCCGUAUGUGAGUGACCCCAGAGUGAAGAGCUUCAUCCAGUGGACCAAAACUCUGAAGGACAACGUUGUCCUCCAAAAGACAGCUGUUGGUGGUUAUUAUUGCUACCCUCCUCCCCCACAGACAUUUACCCAGUCAAUGGCAGAUGCCUCAGCUCAAGCUCCUCUGGUUGCUGCGGCUGACUUGAAGAAGGAGUUUGAGACCCUGCAAUAUAGGGAACACAAAAAAGUUGCAAUUCAAGGACAGAUCACGGCAGUGCGGUACAUGAAAGAGCCAAAGACCACCGAGUCUCGAGGAACACAAGAGAAAGAGCUUCCAGAUGUUUCUACUGAUGCGUGUAAACAAGCUGUACCAGACGCACACAAUCAUCCGUCAACAGCUGAGCAGACUUUGGCGGCCAGUUUAACAUCUGCUUCUGCCGAGAAAAUCUCAGCAAGCGGAAGGAAAAGAAGAAUUCAAUCGAGAAUAGCCAUGGAGUCCUCCUUGAAUCUUGGUAGCGUGUCAGCAAAAAGGAGACAUAACGAUGCAGAGGAAGGACAAGAGCAGGAAGAAGAAGAGAGUGACUCUGGAUCUGAGGCGGCUCAGGAUGCGGAAUGCCGCCGACAACUGCAAAAUCUAAAUCAAGACUCUGAUGUAAUAUCUUGGGAAAGCAGCAGUUGGCUGAAGCAACAGCAAGAAGUGUCUGAACAUCUGCGCCAAGGCGGUCUGUACCCGGACAGCGUGUCUCGGAGGUUCACUUUUGACGAAAAGAACGUCCUCUUGCAGCAGAGUAACCUUCAGCCAACGCGAUGGACACCAGAGCAAAGCGCCGACACCAUCCCUCCUGUGGUUUGUCCAGGAUACUACCAAGUAACAAUAUUAGGCAUAAACAAGCAGAUAGCCGUUGAUGCUGCAUAUUUGCCUGUCGUGAGCUCAGAUGAGCCCAGGGCUGUGGGCCUUCCUCAGGAUCCCCAUGGCAACACGAUGCUGUCCUGCCUUUCGUCAGGCUUCCUCUGUCCGCUCAGUGACACCGCCAGCCACAGCGAAUCAACACUUCCCGAGCCAGAGGAGGUCUUGGUGACUGCCAGUGAGCUGGAGGACACACAUGUCGUGUGCAUCUUGGACCUUUGCCAUCUGGGUGGAGACGAGAUGGAAGUCGUGAUCAGCAAGGUGUACAGAGUGACAGAGGUUUCUCUCGGCUAGGAGGUACAGAAGAGCAAGUGUUCAGCUCUGUGAGAAUAUCCUGUAAUUAUUAUCAGCAUACAUUAAUCAUGUCAUUCCAGAGUUAUUUUGGAUAGUAAGAGCGAAGGUUUUAGACCUAAGCUCAAUUUGAUACUUGUAAAUUCUCUGAUAACCUGUUACACAUGUACAGUAAAUGUCACAUAGUUCUUUAAAUAAUUGCUUUCAAAGAGAGGAAAAUGUUAAUGCAAUCGAUUUUAAAAUACUGAAAUACAGAAGAUUGCAAAUUUGUAUCACCA